GUUUUGUUUACGGCCAGCAGCUGAGCAGCGCCAGGCCGCUGUGCAGAGCUGCGCGCUAUGGAGGAGCGAAGAGCAGCUGCAGCGGCAAAUGCCUCUGUGUGCUGGCGUCCUGCCGCCCCUUCAGGAUUCAGUUGUGCCUGGAGCCUUGGCAGAGAUUGAGGUCCCGUUGCACUAAGUACGGUAAAUACACAGCGUAAGAGACGUGACCUGCCCUGAAGAACUGACAGUCUAAACAGACACAACAGAUAAAAGCAUGGAUCCUAUGGAUUAUGCAGAGUUUAUGAAAAAAGCUGGAAAUGAGAACUUUAAAAAUGGAAAUUAUUUCUUGGCCAUCAGAAACUACGAUGAAGCCAUACGUGUGCUCUUUCAGUUAUUCCAGUGGGGGAUGGUUUCUCAUAGAGACGUGGCUGUGUUAUUGUGCAACAAAUCAAAUGCCUUUUACAGCCUUGGUAAGUGGGAAGAAGCAUAUCACUGUGCCAAGGAGAGUCUCCAGUGGGAUUUGUCAUAUGUUAAGGGCUACUAUAGAUCUGGCUAUUCGCUGCUGCAGUUGUCGAGAACUCAUGAUGCAGUUAUUACAUUUUCUCGUGGUUUGAAUCUUCUGUGUGGUUCUAUGGAUCAAUCUCAAAUUGCUGAUUUUAUAGUUGGAAUCUUCACAAGUGUUAACGGUGAAAAAUAUAUAGCACCAUAUUUUCUUUCCAUUUUCAAGAACAUUUUGAAUCAAAGAUUUGAUGCAUUAGUUUGGCAGGUGGUAAUAGAAAAAUUAGCCAAGAAAGGAAUGUGGCAGUCCUUGAUGUUGGUGGCAGCUGAGAGAGGCAAGUUGCCGAGAAAUCUGAGAGUCACUCAUUUAUCACUGAAGGAUCUUUUUGAGAAAUAUGUCCUGUUUGGCCAUUAUGAGAGAAUGGAAAGGGUACCAGAGUUGGUGGAGUGGCUGAUCACCAUUGGAGCAAAUGUUGGGAGUAUUGGAGCGUACCCACUUCAUGCAAUCAUCAACCUCUGUAUCAAAGCAAAAGGGAACCAUCUUUUCACAUGGCUACUGGAUGAGAUACCAGACUUGAAGGGUAGUAUCAACCAGCAAGACCAGGAUGGUUGCACAGUCUUGCAUGUUGCGGCCUCUCAUUCCAGUGGAUAUCCUAUGAAACGUCAGAUAGAUAAUGUGCAGAUGCUCCUAAAUGCUGGGGUGGACCCCACUAUUCCAGACACACAAGCAAAGUGUGCCGCAGAUAUCUUGAAAAAAAACAAAAACUUCAAGGCAGUAGAUAUAAUCAACAGUCACUUAGCAAGACAUGCUGCUUCCUCUAAGGAAUCACCAGGGAGGAGUGAAAGCAAAGCCUUGGUUAAUGAAAUCAACUCUCUUCUGGAUGCUUUUGAGCAGUUCUUGAUGUUUUGCAGUCCUGAAAACCAAGCACAGCAUAAAAAUUUGUUGAAGCAUGAGACGGUUCAGAGGUUUCUGAAGCUUUUGUCUACUGUAAAAGAAAUUCCUGAAGAAAUGGUUUGUGACAUUUAUGAUACCUGUGCUAGCAGUUUCAUAAAGCUUUUGUUGGAGAAGCAAAUGUGGCAUGAAGUUUUGCUAUUGCUAACACGGAAAGCCAACGGGGAAAUGCCAUCAUGUGGUGGACUCAUCAGAAACUGCAGUCUUUCAGACCUCAACAUUGGCAGUGUUAUCAAACAGGUUGACAGAUUGGAUAAGCGACGGGUGCAUCUCGUAAGAUGCUUGCUAGAAAGAGGAGCUUCACCUGAGGGGACUGGAGCCAUCCCUGAAAAACCAUUGCAGAUGUGUUUGAAAAAUAAUGAUUUUGAAUUGGCUUAUUUGCUGCUGAGCAGUGGUGCAGAUCCUCGGAGUGUUUCCCUUGUCGAAGGCGAUACUCCUUUGCAUGCUGCAGUCUCCAUCUGCUUAGAUAAAAGAGAUGACAUUGGUUUACGCUUUCUGAACUAUCUACUGGAUCUCUUUGGUUCAAACCCAUCCACUUUCCCACACCUUAAUCCAAACAGCCAAGAUAAGAAUGGAAAUACAGUGAUGCAUAUUAUAUUUCAGAAAGCACAGUCAAAGCAGGUUAAGAAAAUAAUGGAUUCGUUAGCAAAGUUUGACAUUAACUUUAACUUGAAAAAUAAAUUAGGAAAAGAUGUGAGGCACAGAAUAAAAAAAAAUGACCCUCGGCUACUCAACUGGAAUACAGCUGUGUCAGAGAAGAGGAAGCACCGGCAAGAUACAGUAGGGCAGCUAGUUAAGCUGCCUAAAUCCAUUCCAGUCUGUAACACAUCACAGCCAAAAAGCACAGCUCAUUCGUCAUCUGCAUCUGUCUGGAGAGCAUCAUCUGGCAACUCAGCACCUGCUAAUAUCCAAAAUACAGAUCCAGUUCCUGAUAACUGGGAAGAAGCAGACAAUGCUCAGCUGACAAAGCAAGAAACUGGAGAAGUAAAUAAGCCCUUGACUCUGCGGGAAAGCCUACUGAAAACAAUCACAGAUUUAAUCCAGUGUCUUCAAUUGGGUGACAACCCGAUAGAGGAUAAUUCUCAGGUACCAAACCCAUCUUCAGCACCAACGAGCGUUGAAGGUAAAAAGAGUGAGCCCCAGCAAACCUGUGGAUAUGAGAGUUUGGCUCACAGUAAAGGAGAGGAUGCUGACCCUGAGAAAGUGGAGGAUACUGAGAAGGAGUGUGGUGAAUCUGACAUGCCCAUGCCUAAUGGUGUAGGUGAAGAAACAAUGGAAGUUAGUGGGCAGAUUCAGGACAUUGAGGCAUAUAUUCAGGACUUUGAUAAUAUGACAUGGGAAAUAGAGUGCACUUCUGAAAUGCUGAAGAAGCUAGGCAGCAAAGCUGUACCUCAUUAUAUGAAAAAGAAAAUUAUACUGGCAAUUCAGCAGCUUGGAAAUGGAGAAUGGACCCAGAGCCUCCAAAAGCGGCUAAAACAUUUGAAAGCCGAUAUUCAGCUGUACGAAGCUAAGCUGGACAAAGGAGCAAGGAUGUUAUGGGAGCUUGCAAUAGACUUUUCUCCCCGUUGUAGUGAGGCUGCAGAAAAGAUUAUAGAGACAGAACAGUCUAUACAUCCUCUAGAGAAGUCUGGGAGAGUUUACACCGAAAUCAUUAGAAUAUGGGACAUUGUUCUUGAUCAUUGCAAACUUGACCGUGCUAUCGGCACUAUAUGUACUGCAUACAACCGUGGCUUGUCCUGCAUCUUGAGGAAAAAACUGAAGGGUAUAAGUAAAAUCAAGCAGUCUUCUAACUUGAAAAUGCAAAAGCGCAUUCCUCGUUGUUAUGUUGAAGACACAGAGGCAGAAAAAACAAAAGAACACAUCAUACCUGAAUACUUCCCUCCAGCCAGCGCAGUGGAAACGGAAUAUAAUAUAAUGAAAUUUCACAGCUUCAGUACUAACAUGGCACUUAACAUCAUAAAUGAUAUGAAUUCUACUGUUGAAUACCCCUUCAGAGUUGGUGAGUUAGAGUAUGCAGUGAUUGACCUCAGUCCCAAGCCCAUGGAGCCAAUAAUCUUAAUUGGACGGAGUGGAACAGGAAAGACUACUUGUUGCUUAUAUAGACUAUGGAAGAAAUUCCAUUCUUACUGGGAGAAAGCACAGUUGGCAGAAGCCCCUUUGCUGGUUAGACAAAUGUGGCAGAGAAGAAAGUUUGAAAUUGAAUCUGAAAAAGAAAGCACAGGGGAGGAGGAGGAGGAGGAUGAAAAGCAAGGCAGCAAUGACUCUAGUGAGUCAAUUGAGUUGGAAAGCAUAGAUGAUGAACAAGAUGAUGGUGAACAAUAUUCAAGUGCAGAUGACGCUGAAUUGAAUUUAUCAGGUGACUGUGAAGAGGAGGAAGAGCAUAGCGCAGUAGAAUCCGACAAAUUGGAACACUUGCAUCAGAUCUUUGUUACUAAAAAUCACGUUCUGUGCCAAGAGGUUCAGAGGAAUUUUAUUGAGCUUAGUAAGUCUUCUAAGUCAACAAGUCAUUUCCAGCCACUUGAGCCAAAUGUUUACAAGCUACAAGAAGUUAAAGAUGAAAAUUUCCCAUUGUAUGUCACCUCAAAACAGUUGUUACUAUUACUCGAUGCAUCCAUGCCUGAUCCAUUUUUUCUUAGGAAUGAAGAUGGAAGUCUUAAAAGAACCAUUGUUGGUUGGUCCACUCAAGAAGAUUUGGUCAUUCCAAAUUGGCAAGAUGAGGAGGAAGAAGGUAAUGCUGAAGUAGAAUAUGGUGAGGAUGAAAAGGCUGCAGAAGCUCACUCAAGAGAAAAUGACCCUCGAGUUUUUGUGACUUAUGAUGUGUUUGCUAAUGAAAUGUGGCCAAAAAUGAUGAAAGGCAAAAACUCCUAUAACCCUGCAUUGGUUUGGAAAGAAAUAAAAUCUUUUUUGAAAGGGUCUUUUGAAGCACUAAGUUGUCCUCAGGGUAAACUUACAGAAGAAGAGUACAAAAAACUAGGGCGGAAGAGAUCACCAAACUUCAAGGAAGACCGGAGUGAAAUCUAUCGUCUCUUUUGUCUUUAUCAGCAGAUAAGGUCACAAAGAGGUUACUUUGAUGAGGAAGAUGUCCUAUACAAUUUAUCUCAAAGACUCUCUAAGCUUGAGGAGCUACCAUGGUCCAUCCAUGAGCUUUAUGGUGAUGAGAUUCAAGACUUCACUCAAGCUGAGCUUGCACUGCUAAUGAAGUGCAUCAAUGACCCUAAUGCAAUGUUCCUUACUGGUGACACUGCACAAAGCAUAAUGAAGGGAGUUGCUUUUCGUUUUAGUGAUCUGAGGUCACUAUUCCACUACGCCAGCAAGAACUCAGUUGACAAGAAACAAUGUGUUGUUAGAAAACCUAAAAGGAUAUAUCAGCUAUAUCAAAACUACAGAUCUCAUUCAGGAAUUCUACAUCUGGCCUCUGGGGUGGUUGAUUUACUCCAGUACUAUUUCCCAGAAUCUUUUGAUCGUCUUCCUAGGGAUUCUGGCCUCUUUGACGGACCUAAACCUACUGUCUUAGAGUCUUGCAGUGUUAGUGACCUGGCAAUUUUACUGAGAGGCAACAAAAGAAAAACACAGCCAAUUGAAUUUGGAGCACAUCAGGUGAUAUUGGUAGCGAAUGAAAUGGUGAAGGAUAAGAUUCCAGAGGAACUUAGUUUAGCACUUGUGCUAACAAUUUAUGAAGCAAAGGGCUUAGAAUUUGAUGACGUCCUCCUUUACAACUUUUUCACAGAUUCUGAGGCUUACAAAGAGUGGAAGAUCAUUUCUUCUUUUACCCCUUCCUCUGAUUCGCUAGGAGAAAGCAAGCUGGUGAUCGAAACACCUUUAGAGAAAAAUAUUGCUACUCAAAGCAGAUCUCUGGUGCUUAAUCCAGAAAUGUACAAGAUGCUCAAUGGAGAGCUGAAGCAGCUGUAUACUGCCAUUACAAGAGCCAGAGUCAAUCUUUGGAUCUUUGAUGAAAACAGUGACAAGCGGGCUCCGGCUUUUAAAUAUUUCAUCAAAAGGGAAUUUGUUCAAGUUGUCAAAAUAGAUGAAAACAAAGAUUUUGAUGAUAGCAUGUUUGUUAAAACUUCAACCCCAGAAGAAUGGAUUGCACAAGGAGAAUACUAUGCUAAGCAUCAGUGUUGGAAGGUGGCAGCCAAAUGUUACCAAAAAGGAGGAGCAAUUGAGAAGGAAAAACUGGCCUUAGCGCAUGAUGCUGUACUUAAUGUGCAAUCAAAGAAAAGCAGCCCCAAGGAAAAACAGAUGGACUAUAUGUACCUGGCUAAGACCUAUUUGGAAUGUGGAGAACCAAAGCUAUCCCUGAAAUGUCUGAUUUACGCAAAAGAAUUUCAGCUUUGUGCAGCACUAUGUGAAAAAUUAGGCAAGAUAAAAGAUGCUGCGUAUUUCUAUAAAAGAAGCCAGUGCUACCGAGAUGCAUCCAGAUGUUAUGAACGAAUCCAGGAGUUUGAUCUUGCGCUUAAGAUGUGUUGCCAUGAGGAACUGUAUGAGGAAGCAGCUAUUUUAGUGGAAAGAUAUGAAGAGAUACUAAGGAUGAAAAGACAACCAGUUUCCAAACUCUCAUACUCUGCAAACCAGUUUUAUUUGGAAGCAGCUGCAAAAUACUUGCGUGAAAACAAAACCAAGGAAAUGAUGGCAGUCCUCUCCAGACUUGACACCGAGGACCAGCUUGUAUUCUUGAAAUCACGCAAAUGCUUGGCCCAAGCAGCAGACCUGUUGAAGAGGGAGGGUCGAGAGGAAGAGGCUGCUAUGCUGAUGAAACAGCAUGGGUUUGUGUUGGAAGCAGCCAAGCUCACUACCAGAAAGGAAUUUCGAGCAUCAUGUCUGCUUGCUGCGAUCCGUUUUAGCGUAACUGGCUGUUCAGAAUUGGAAAACAGAGACACCAUCCUGGAAGAAGCCUUAGAGCUUUGUAAGCAAACAAAUCAAAAAUCCAGCAUUGCUGAGGCAACUUUUCUGCAGGGAGUUCUAAAGAAAGAUUUUAGAAAGCUCGAAGAGGCCUUCUACAAAUUCUCGCCUUUGAAUCAUUAUGCUGGUGUGGUGGAAGCGCUCUUUGAAUUAACCCACUGUGAACCAAAAAGCCAGGACAUCUUUGUUCUGGCACCUUGUGGUUUAGAGGCCCUUCUAAAUCUGGUCAGAGCUCUCCAAAAAGCAACCACCAAUGCUGAGAAAGAAAUGGUCAGGUCAUGUUUUGAUUAUUUUGGGAUUUUGCCAAUAGAUGGCAAUGUUUGCCAGGUGUCUCAAAAUGAAGCUGGACAUAUUCUCCAAUUCUUGCCCGAUAAUCCUAGUCUGAAAGAGAAGAAAGCUAAAGAUCACUUCUUUGUAGGCAUGGAAGAGGUAAAGUCUGCACUGAAUAAGCACUUUUUAAGCAGGCUGUGUUCAAUUACAUGCAGUAUACUUGAGCAGAGUUACCCUGAUAUUUGCAUGAAGUUCAUUGCUGGCUUGAAGUGUGAGGAUAAAACCUGUAAAGAUUUCCAUAGACCUUUGUUGCGCCAUGAGGCAAAAUCUAUACUUCAGUGUAAAAUACAUCUGGCAGCAAUAAAUGGACUAUUGUUACAGGCCAAGAGAGUAUUCCCAAAAGAGCUGUUGCAUGAAUUUAAUGACAUUGAUGAAAUUUUGACUGCGGAUAAGUAUGCAUUAUGCAAAUCCCUAUUAGAUUUUGUUUUCCCUAAACAUUUUCAUCUGAGAGUGGUGUCUGAAAACCCAAAGGCAUGCAAAGAUAUCUUGGGACUCAGUCAGUUUUCUAAACCCUGUAGGAUGGUGCUGAAGGAGUACAUCAUAGUUCAGUUUAAAAGUGAAAAUGCCAUAAAUAGAAGAGAAUCAACUGACUUGUGGCUCAGGGCAAUGCAAGUUUUCAUCUUGUCUUCCAGUUAUCCCGAAGAAUUUGAGAGGCUCCUUGUUAAGGAGGAAGAUGAUUAUAACAAAGAACUGAAGUUAUUAGAAGCUAAAAAAUAUGAAGAGGAGGAUAGAGGCAGAGGAGGAAGACCCAAAGGGAUAGAUGGCAGAUAUGGCAUGUUGAUACCUGAUAAGUAUUCUGGAAAUGCAGAAAACACACACUUGUGUUUCAUUCGACUUCUUGAAAAUUCGCUAGAGCGGCUCUAUGUUUACAGAAACCCAGAAGACUGUAAGUGGAUGUUUUUCCGUUUUAUGAAUGUCUUGGUGAAGAAAUGCAUUGAACCUCUGAUUCCUAGCAUAGGAAAUACAGUGAUGUUGCUGGAAUUCCAGUAUAUUCUCUGUUGUGCCGUUCUGAUGCGCCUCUGCAAGAACAUUACUCUGUGUCUUCCGAAAAGUUACAUCGCUCUCUUUCAUUACUGGGAGUUUUUGUUCAGAAAAAAAGACCAGAAGAAAGAGAUUAGAGACAUCUUUUCCAUUAUACAGGAGUACAAACCAAAGGACACAAAUGAGGCUCUGAAGGAGUUCAAAUUUCAUCUCCUUUAUGUUGCAAAAGUUUUGUGCGGCGCUAAAAACAGUAAUUUCAAUGUUCUUCUUGAUGCUUUCGGGGACACCGAUUGCAUUACGUCAGGGGAAGCAGAGCGUACAAUGGUGCUAUGCUUAGUGAUGUUAGUGAAUGCAAAUCAAGUGCUUAGUCCUAGAUGUAAAUCCCUUUUAUAUGAACACUUUCCUGAAAUCAAGGCAAAGUUGAUGAAUAUGAAAAAAGAUUAUCCAUCCAAAGUGCCAGAAAGAUUGGUUAAAAUUGUGGAACGAGUGAAUGAUGCCGUAAAUGUGAGGAAAAUAGCAGAAGGCCUGCAGGAGCUGCUGAUUGAACGAGAUGAGGAGUACUUAGCGGACUGCCACUGGAAGUGGGACACUAUGUAUGCCAAAGGAGCAAGUAUACGGGGCAUCUUUUAUGAGCAAGUAAACCUAGACAGAUUUGAGUCAUAUUUGGAUCCUUUGGAAUAUUUUGAGGAACCAGAAACAGAACUUGAAAGGGAUCUCUAUGUAGAAGAGAGAGAGGAUCCCCUAACAGCCAUAGCAUCCAUAAAGCAGCAGAAACAACAGCAGAAAGCUCAUGCUAAGCGUAAAUUGUGGCGUUUGUUUCUUUUAGCCUAUUAUUGCAUAAAAUGGAAGAGGAACUCGUGUUCAAAAGCAGAUCCCAGUGGGAUGGAAAUGAAAGAAUUGGUAUCAGGAAUCUUUAAAAAAGCAGAUACUGACCGAACGCAAUGUGACCUUUGUGGAGUCAAAUUUAUCCAGGGUCCUGAAAACUACUUUAACCAGACAGAAGACUUUGAGAGAGAAACUUCUGAAGCUGUGACACCAAGAGAGACUGAUCAGGGAGAAAAGGAGAGCAUGAAAAGAAGUGAAACUGUUGUGGCGAGUGAGACUUAUGUGAAGCACAUAUACCUGGAUGAGCAUAGAAAUAAAUACACUGCCUACCAGAAUUAUUUUGAAUUUUUCAAAAGAAAUGUGGAUCCAAAAUUACGUGAAGGGUUAGAUCUAGUGGACACAAUUGAACAAAAUACCUGGCUCACAAGACACUUGAUAUUUAAAGAACAUUCCAAUGUGGUGCAAAAAAAAAUUCAAGAGAACAUUAAGAAGAUUUCUGAUAUAGUAGAGGACAUCUAUAAGAGAAAGGCUUGGGCUGAUGCUGAAGAAAUAAUGACCAAGCCUGUUGGCAGUCUAUCUAUUUAUCUUGGUGAUGCUCGUAAGUGGCUGAAGAACACCGAGUCACAUAUGGUAAAGGAGGAAGAUUUUGCAGAUGACAAAGACUUUGAAAAUGAAGAAGAGGAUGAAAUGGCAGCCUUUGAAGAACUAAUCCCUAAAAAGUCUUCAAGAAAAAAAGGAAAACGUAGAAAAUAAUAAUUUGAAAAAUAUGCAGAUGGCUAUCCCACCCUGUACCUCUGUAAUUUAGGAAUAAAACUGUUAAAGGCUUUAAGAGAAAAAAUAUAAGGGGAUAGGGACAUCAAGGGGGAAAAUGUGAAAAAUACCAGCAAAGAUUUUUUACUUUUGAUUGUUUUUAAUCAUUUAUUGUCGGGGAACAGUGACCUACCUGCUUGUAGUUAUUUAUAAAUUUAUGUAUUUUAAAAAUUAAACUGUGACAGGACAAACUUCAGGCAGAACCAAAUGGGCAACUCAGAAGUGACAUAUGCCAGCAUGUAACUUAGGUCAUGUCUACACUAGCAAGCUCACAGUGGCACCAAUGCAGCUGUAAAAUCGCUCAUGUAGCCGCUCUGUGCCGAGGGUGAGAGCUCUCCUGUCAGCAUAAUUAAACCACCUCCAAAGAGCGGCAGUAGCUAUGUGGGUGGGAGAGCGUCUCCCAUCGAUGUACAGCUGUCCACACUGGCGUUUCUGUCAGUGUAACUUACGUUGCUUAGAGGGGUGUUCUGUUUUGUUUUCCACAUUUCUGAGUGACAUAAGUUAUACCAGCAAAAGUGCUAGUGUAGACAUAGCCUUACUAAUUUGAAAUGAGCCAGUGGAAAGAAUAGCACUUUUCUGCCUCUACUCAGGGGUGUUUCCCCACCUAUUCCUUUUCCUGCUUUUAAUUUGCAUCUUUGCCAUCCUGCUGAGCUGGAACACUCAUGGGGAGGAAGAUGAUUUCUGAUUUUUUUUUUUUUCCUUGGAGGAUUUUAAUAUCUUUUUUGGACUGUCAAAGACAGCUUGUCCCUGGAGGACAGAGUUUCAAAUAGCCAUAGUGAGCUAGCCAGCUACUGAGCGCUCCCAUGUUUGGAGGAACUUAAAUCUCCUUGGGGGAACUUGCAAUAUCUCUUCUAUUAAUUCCAGAGUCAGGAAUGGUGAGUACAGAGAGUUCUAAACACAUUCAUAUGUGUGUUCUAUCACCAUUGAAUACAGCUCUAGUUAGAUAUGGAUAAGAAGUCUUUUUUUCUAUUUGUUCUUGAUUUGAUUAUGCUCUGUACAUUAUCAAAAAAUCUGAUGAUUCUUUAAAGUUAAAGAUUGUUUAUACAUUUUACUUAUUUUAUAGAUUUGACUUGCCAAAAAAAAUCUUUACAUGUAGUACAUUUUAUAAAGCCAACAAGAUUGAUAUUGUAGCCUGAUGUCAUUUUUUUUAAUUGCUGUGGGGGCCAUAUAGGACUGCUCACAUGCAAAAGAGCUGCGGGAUUUGGGACAAAGUAUAGGAUGUGGAAUGAUGCUCACCAGCACUGCGAUUUCUGGCAGUUCACAUCUCUUAUUAUCUAUUCUUCGGAUGUUUUUUGUAUUUUUAAUGAUGAUGUGUUCCUGUGUGGCUGGGAUAUUUAGUUUUCAAAAGGUCGCUAUUUUGUUUUCACAUAUCAAAUUGUUUUAGUAGUUACCAGACACAUCAAGAGAAAUUUGGGGCCCUGAUACAUAGUGUUCGUGAACCGUCUCCCAUUUCACUUUGUUUACAUAGACAUUAGACUUUUUUGGGGGGUGGGUACUGACCUCAGGGGCUCUGGUACAGUUGUCCCUCUAUUUUUCCCAUCACCCACCCUGGUAGCUACCUAAGCAUUUUCCUCUGGGCCCCUGGGCCCAUUGCUUUGGAAAUUGGAUGCAUUGCACUGAUAAAAGCAAAACAUCAGCGUGGACCUGUGCAAUAUGGGCAGCAAUAAUAGCCAUCUAUCAAGUACCAACCACCCAACCAUCACAAGAAGAAAAAUGUAUUAUGCAAUCCCAUUUUCAAUGUGCUCUAUGAAAUGAGUGGAUCGGUCUCAAUUUGAUUUUUCCCGAGGUGGUGUCCACAUCCCAUCAGACACGAUCACAGUUGGCAACUUGGGAAUGGUCAUGAAAACUGAUCUACUCGCUCUGUUCUAAGCGUGGUACAUCCAGGCUGGGGUGAAGGUGCCAUAGUGGUGGAGUUGGGAGAAAACCUAUCUGUCGUUGCCCAUACUCUGUGUGCUCUUUCUUUAGCUUCCAGGGCUGUAUAUCUAGGGCACGUUCACAGCUAGUAACCUUAAAAGGUGUGUGUUGUUUUCUUCUUAGCUCCCCCAUCCCUGCCAAACAAACAGGGGAUUAACAUUUUAAAGCCUAUAUUCCUGUAAUAUUAAAGUCAAGUGUUUAAAUAAUCUUGAGUCAAAGAAUAAAAAAGGUAAGAUUCUCUAACUUUCUUGGCUAUCUUGCACAUAUUGCAUGUUGAAAUUUCAGUCAGUUAAUUUUUAAAAAAUGUGUAUCUUAAGAUUUUGGGUUUUGUUGUUAAUUGUAAGCUAUAAAUAUACAGGAGGGUCAUGCAAACAUUACUCCAAGAACUUAACUGUUGAGUUUUCUGACUUGAGUGUUUAAAUUCUGGACUUUAUUGUUAGCGAAACAGUUUUUGUAUUUUAAUUACAUUUCAUAUUUGAAAAGCCCUUCACAUUUAUAUUUAAGUUAUUAUAUAUAUACUGGCCUUCACUUUAGUGAAAAAGUCAGACAUUUAGGUGUGUUUUCCCAUAAAAAGCAUUUAAAAAACAAAUGAAAUUACUGUAACAGACCAAAAAGUUGAAACAGAUAUAACAAAAGCAAAAACUUAAGCUUAAAAGCCAAAUCAUAGUACACUUGUACAGGGACUUUAGAUUCCUUGUGUGGAUCCAUCUAUGCAAAGGAAAGUGCAAAUGAAUCCAUACAAAAAGUCUGACUCCAGUUUUGGAUCAGAGUUGCUGGAUGGAACCUGUCUCAGCAGUGAGCUGAAUUCAAACAGCUCCCUAAAGUCUCUGAAGUUCACAUUCAGAUUUCCAACUCCCACCCCUUCAAAUUCAGGAGUGUCUGGAUCCAGAGUUUGGCUCUACUCAAAUAGAGACAGGAAAUCUGGGUCUGAAGAUCAAAUCUCGGUGCUUGGCUUGAGCCUCUUUUUGGCGUACAUAAAUUCUUGCCCUCCCCCGGGCCAUUCUCUUUGAAUAAAAAGCCUUCUGUUCAUGAA